AUGUCAACAGUUCGAAUAGUUGUAUUUGGUGGUGGUGCUGUUGGGAAGUCAGCAAUCACAAUGCAGCUGGUCUCAGGACACUUUGUCCAAAUCUAUGAUCCAACACUUGAAGACUCGUAUCAAACAAGCAUCAAUGUUGAUGGCGAAAUGGUCUCACUUGACUUGUUAGACACAGCAGGAUCAGAUGAGUACUCUGCACUUCAAUUUCAAUACAUGAAAACUGGCGAUGGAUAUGUCAUAGUUUACUCAAUCACAUCAACAACAUCGUUUUUCGAGGCAAACACAUUCAGAGAACUAUUGUACAAAGUUCUUGACAAAGACUUCAGUGAACACAUCCCAAUUGCAUUGUGUGGUAACAAAUGUGAUUUGGAGUCAAACAGACAGGUGUUUACUCAAGAUGCCAAUAAGGUUGCAGAUGAAUGGAAAACACUGUUUUAUGAGACUUCUGCAAAGAACAAUACAAACAUCACAGAAACAUUUCAGGGAUUGGUCAGAGACAUCAGAGCAAAUGUCAAAAAUAACAACACAACAUCUCAAAAGAAGAUGUCGAAAAUAAAUAAAAACAGAUGCAUCAUAUUGUAA